AUGGACGAGAAUGGAUCUCUCUAUGUCGUUGACUAUGGAAAGGAUGGAGUGAGACGAUAUCGAAGAGGAGAAUCUCAAGGAAUAGUGGUUGCAGGUGGCAAUGGAAGUGAAACUCGUCUCGAUCAAGUCUAUGACCCACAAUACGUAUUCGUCGAUCGAGAUCAUUCAGUAUACGUGUCUGAUUGGGGAAAUGAUCGUGUGAUGAAAUGGGUGGAAUGGCUUCAUGUAGGCUUUGAUAUUGGUUUAUCUGAACUGCUUUCAACGUCUUUCCAGUGUAAAAAUAAUCGUUCAGCUCGUGAUGCACCAAAUGUCGUUGAAGAUUUGAUAAAGAAGGACUUGAAGCAGAAUUAUAUGAUUGACCCGCUUGUUAAGCCACCGUUUGAUAUCUAUCGUAUAUCACCGAUGGGCGUGGCUUACGGUAAGUAUAACCGUAAGCCGCGUCUAAUCGUAGACCUUAGUGCACCAUAUAACUAUCCAUCACAUGCGAGUAUUAAUUCAUUGAUUGAUAAAGAGGAAUUUUCACUGUCAUACGUUAGGUUAGAUCAUGCAUUGCAAGUUGUGAAUAGUCUCGGGGUUAAUACAUCGAUGGUUAAAACUGAUAUAGUUGAUGCAUUCAAAAUCAUACCUG